UCUGUUCUCCUUUGUCGUUCCCACGAUAUUUUCGUUUGUUUGUUUCUUUGUUGUUUGUUUCUCGGUUUGAAUCUCCGGCGCUUCACACUCUGACCGUUUACCCCCAACACACACACACACACACGCGCGCGCGCGCGCCCCCCUCCCCUCUCCCUCCCCUCCCCUCCCCGGUGCGCCGGUUUCGCGGACGCGCGCGCGCACGCACGCAUCCCGGGCGAGAGAGAGAGAGAGAGAGAGAGAGAGAGAGAGAGAGAGAGACUGAGUCAGAGAGCCGGACGGAGGAGAGAGGGAUCAGACGACGGAGGAGAAAAAGGAAUGAAAGGAGGGAGAGAAGAGGAGACAAGCGGAGGAAGUGAUCCAGACUGCUGAUGAUAGUGUGAUGUGUUGUGUUCUGCAUCCACUCAGAAGGCUGAAGACUCCGGCUGUGUGAAUAACUUGCUGUGAAUAUCUUGCCGACGGCGGCCAGCAGUCGUUGGUGAAAAUGAACAUUUAAAAUAAAAAAAAAAAAAAGCAUUCCGGUGCUGACAAAUCAACUUUUUUGGAAAAGGGGGUGGGACAUGACUCAUCUGCCAUGUGGGCUGCCAUGGUGACAGGCCUCUCCAGCCCCUCCCCCCUCCUUUGGUUGGUCCAGCUGCUUUUGUGGCCACAUCUCAGUGGACCCAGAUUAGCUGAGGCCAGCCCCCCUUGCCCUACACCCUGUAGCUGCUCCAAUCAGGCGAGUCGAGUGAUUUGCACCAGGAAGGGCUUAGAUGAAGUUCCGCAGAGCAUCUCAGUCAACACGCGAUACCUCAACCUGCAGGAGAACUCCAUACAGGUGAUUAAGUCAGACACCUUUAAGCAUUUGAGUCACCUGGAGAUUCUGCAGUUGUCCAAGAAUCACAUUCGCCAGAUUGAAGUCGGGGCGUUUAAUGGGCUGCCCAACCUCAUCACGCUCGAGCUGUUUGACAACCGGCUGCCACUGGUGCCAUCGCAAGCGUUCGAGUACCUGAGCAAGCUACGAGAACUUUGGCUGCGGAACAAUCCGAUUGAGACACUACCUGCGUACGCGUUCCACCGCGUCCCAUCCCUCAGGAGACUGGACCUGGGCGAACUGCGCAAGCUCAGCUUCAUCUCUGAGGCUGCGUUUGAAGGUUUGGUGAACUUGCGCUUCCUAAACCUGGGGAUGUGCGGGCUGAAGGAUGUGCCAAACCUGACUCCGCUGGUGCGGCUGGAGGAACUGGAAUUGUCCGGGAACCAACUUGGAGUAGUGCGUCCUGGAUCUUUCCAGGGCCUCGUGUCGCUUCGCAAACUGUGGCUCAUGCACUCACGUAUAUCCUUAAUUGAGAGGAAUGCUUUUGAUGACCUGAAGAACUUGGAGGAGCUCAAUCUGUCCCACAAUUCCCUUCACUCUCUGCCCCAUGACCUGUUCACACCCUUGCAGCAGUUGGAACGGGUACAUCUGAACCACAACCCCUGGGUGUGUAACUGUGAUGUUCUGUGGCUUAGUUGGUGGCUCAAGGAGACUGUGCCGGAUAACUCCACCUGCUGUGCCCGCUGCCAUGCUCCUCCUGGAACAAAAGGCCGCUACAUCGGUGACCUGGACCAGAGAGACUUCACCUGCUAUGCACCUGUGAUUGUUGAGCCGCCAACUGACUUAAAUGUGACCGAAGGAAUGGCAGCAGAGCUGAAGUGCCGCACUGGGACCUCAAUGACCUCUGUUAACUGGCUGACCCCUAAUGGAACCCUAAUGACUCAUGGCGCCUAUAAGGUACGCAUAUCCGUUCUGCAUGAUGGAACCCUUAACUUCACCAAUGUGACCAUGCAGGACACAGGUCCCUACACGUGCAUGGUGACCAACUCUGCCGGAAACACAACAGCUACUGCCGUCCUUAACGUCUCAGCCUCUGACCCUGGCAAUCCAUAUAGCUACUUCACCACCGUUACCGUGGAAACUGUUGAAACAGGCCAGGAAGUGCAUGAUUCAGCAAGGCAGUUUGUCAACGAGACCUUCAUAAGUUUUCCUGGACCCACAGCUGCAUCCGCAUCUCCAGGUCCCUCAGGAACGGCACUUUCCUCCCUUCCACCUCACGUCACUCAUGCCCCUGACCGCCCAUUCACUGUCUCUAUCACGGACGUGGCAAACCUGUCCGGCCUAGAGGACGUGAUGAAGACGACAAAGAUCAUCAUCGGCUGCUUUGUGGCCAUCACCUUCAUGGCGGCUGUCAUGCUGGUGGUAUUCUACAAGCUGCGGAAGCAGCACCAGCUGCACAAACAUCACGGUCCUGCUCGAGCCAUCGAGAUUAUCAAUGUGGAGGAUGAAAUGGGGCCAGCCGGGGGUGCCAGCGGCAUUGCAGGUGGGUCCACGGUUCACGCCGGGGCAGGAACUGGAGGAGCCGGACAAAGCCUGCGGAUCCACGACCCUGAAAUCGUCACCCUGCCCAAUAUUGGUCGGGCUGAGCACAUCAAUCACUAUUACAAACCGCACCACUUCAAUAAUAACGUUCUGGGACUUACUGGGGGCCAAACCGGAGGGAUCCUGAACAACAAGACCAGCCCAACCUCCAAGAAGCAGGCCUCCAUGAACAUGACGACGGCUGCUUCCAGUGAUUCCUCCAACCCCGGAUCCACCUCUCCACCUUUACCAAUCCCGAUCCCAAUGGCAAUGGCAUUCCACGGGACACUGAAGAGCCUUAGCCACACCCCCAGCACUCAGACCGAGCCUCUACUGCUGUCCAAUGGGUCCAAGGAGAGCGUGCAGGAGACACAGAUCUGAAUACACACACAGUAACACAUAUGCACACAUAUACACACACAUUUACACACACACACACACACACACACACACACACACUGAGGCAUUGAGGAGCCUGGUUGGUAUGCUGGUGGGGCAGAUGUUGACGGAGUUUGACAUUGCGGAAGCUUCGUCCCCGACAGACAGACUCAGAGGAUUAUUACCAAGUCCCACGGACAACGUUUGUACAGACGAACCGGACAAGGCACUAUUGCGUACAUAAGUGCCAAAGAAAGCGUCUUUUUUGCAGUUUCUACAAAGUUGUAUCUGUGUAUAAAAUAUAGUCUAUAUCCAAGUAGCGUAAUUCCCUACGUUGUUGGUUUGCCGCAGACAGACGCUGCCCAUACAGGUGAAAAGCGCUUAUGGACCUGUAUGACAUCACACACACACACACACACACACACACACACACAUCAACACACCUGAGGAUGACAUCAUUGACCUUUCUGCCCUCAUAGGUAGUGUGUGUGUGUGUGUGUGUGGGGGGGGGGGGGGGUUGGAGAGUGAGCUGAAACUGAAACGGAUUAUUCUGGAACGAACAGUGGGACUGCUGUCACCGGGGACACUCACACGUUCAUCUCCACUCUGACUGCUGAGCUGUGGAAUUCUAAUGCACAAAAAUGAGGAUCAGUUCAUCAUAAGCUGAACUUGACACCACACAUAUGUUUGCCCACAUGCAGGAACCGCACGGUUCCCCGUUCUCCGGAGAAGGGGGUAGAGGGUAGACGGGGACAUGUGAAGGGUGAGUGAGGGAGCGUUUGUAUGCUUGUGUGUUUCUGGCGGAGCUUUCGCUCUUUCUGUCUUUUCCUAUCCGUCUCUCAGUUCAUAUCUUCCUCUCACUCACGGCCCAAAGCCCAGAGCACACUGACCCCCUCGGUUCUCCACCAGUCACCAACGUUUGGACGUUAGCGUAUCAGCUUUAAAGUGAACAGACAAGCCAGAUGAGUCAUGACAACACUGUACAUCAGUUGAACAAGAGAACAUUCUAGAACAGUUUGAAUGGGGAGAAAAUUCUAGAUCAGUGUGAAUCCAGGAGAGGAUUCUAGAACAGUGUGAAUGGGGAGAAAAUUCUAGAUCAGUGUGAAUCCAGGAGAGGAUUCUAGAACAGUGUGAAUGGCGAGAACACUCUAGAACAGCGUGAAUGGGGGACAUUCUGGAGCAGUGUGAAUGAGGCAGAACAUUGUAGAAGUGUGACUGGGGAUAAAAUUCUAGAACAACAUAAAUGGAGAACGUUUUAGAACAGCAUGAACGGGGGACUUUCCAGAACUGUGUGAAUAGGGAGAACAUUCUAGAUUAAUAUGAUUGCAGGUAAACAUUCUAGAACAGUGUGAAUGGGAGAACAUACUAGAUCAGCAUGAUUGCAGGAAAACAUUCAAGAACCGUGUGAAUGGGGAUAACAUUCUAGAUCAGUGUGAUUGCAGGAAAACAUUCUAGAACCAUGUGAAUGGAGAGAACAUUCUAGAUCAGCGUGAUUGCAGGAAAACAUUCUAGAACCAUGUGAAUGGAGAGAACAUUCUAGAUCAGCAUGA